ACGCCACCAUUUUCGAUUUCUCAAAACAAAAAUAGAAGCAAAAUUGUCGUUCCCGUCGCGUGUGUUUCUCUCUGAAUUUGUCGCAGUUAUUCGAUUAUUCAAACCAGUUAUUCGUUUGACGACGGUCCGCUGAUAUCGCGCGACCCCAAAUUCCGGGAGUGGAAGACCGAUCCGCCGCAGCCGGAGUUCGUGCAACCAGCAGGGAGAAAAUAUCGAACGCGACCCCCGAAGUCGUCGCCACAACGGUGACCGAAGCAAGCGGUGAAAAUGAUGGAAAAAUAUAAGUCCCUGCUGCAAAUCUAUAUGUAGCUGGUACCUCCCGGUAGUGCGCGUCCGAGCUCGAUUGAUCAAUCGGCCCGUGUUUUAUGGUGAAGUUUUCCGUUGCUCCAACAAGCAGCGUCGAACCCGUUUCUCGCUGAAAUCUCGAAUGCGCCCGUGUAAGUGCGUGCCCCUCGCAUGUGAAGCGUGUGAAUAGCAGCAGCAGCGAGCGAGCGCCCCGCACGCAACAGCAUCUUGCGUCGCUCCCGUGAAUCAUCCUUGAGUCGGCGACGAGAAGAAAUCGUGGACACGGCCCUUCAAGGCAAGCAGAUAAAUCAUUCGCGUGUCCUUCAGGACUGUGGCGUGUCCAGAAACUCGUUCGCCAAGUGUAUACGACUUUUUUGUGUAUAUCCUGAGCAUAUAACUGUCCGCGUUUGUGUAUAUCCAGAGCGGUUUCACGUCGGCAAUCUGUUUGAAAGGAUUUCCGGAAUCGUUAACCCUCGUAAGGGACUCUCUCUCCGUCUGUGUACACAUAAACGGUCCCCGUGAACCGUAUCAACGGUAAACGAAGAGGACGGCGUAGCGAUACAUUGCGGUCGAGCGUGAGAAGAGCGGAAGAAGCGACCGCAGGUCGAAGAUUUCUCUGAACGGUACUUGGACGCGCGAAGUAGAACGAGAGAAAAGCGAAGAAACAAUCGACGACGCGAACUACAGCCGAAAAAAACGUCUCUCGUCCAAGUGUGCGUGAGUGUGUUGUGACGCAAAACCACUGGAGCGUAUCGAGCGUUUUGUGUUGAUUUUGUGAUCUUCACCGAUUAAGCAACCUAGAAAACAAAGGGCCUUAUUUGGUCAUCACUCCACCGAAGGAGUCUCGGAGCCUGAGUAGUAGUGAAACAGCGAAGGCCCUUGGUGUAGCAGCCGGCCAGCAAGGAAAAACUACAUUCUUUCACGUUCUUAAAUGAGCCCGCAAGCAGUCGCCGUCCCGGACAGCAAUCGUAUUAGCAGUUGCGACAACAGCGGCGGUAGCAACAUCAGCAACAUUUGCCGGCGUGAUCAGCAGGUGGCCAGCACGAAGCUACUAAGAAAGAGACUCUGCGUACACCCGACGACCAUGUUUAGAAUCGCAUUCAAGAUAAACAACGGUCUGAGAGUUGAACGAUCGCCCAAGAUGGUCAAAUACUCGGUACACGGAAGCCGGUGCUGCUUUAAGGCUAACCCGCUGACGCAUCAUUAAGGUGCUCAAGGAGUGCGUGGCCACAAACCGUUUUCCGUUUCGUUCCACCACCCCUCGCCGUUUUGGCAACCCAGAGUUUAAGGCACACUCUGAUUCUUAAAAAUAAGUAACCUUAAGAAGGCAUCGUUCAUUAUUGGUUUGGUUAAAACAGCUUAAGAGAACAGGGCUCUAGAUCAACACCCAACGAACAUCAUAGACGGAAGAGAAGCGCCAAAGGAACGCUAAACAUCAUCUGCACAGCUCUGAUCAUCAACACCCACGAGCUUGCGAGCUUUCCUGCAUUCGAUCGAAGAAAUAUUGUCACGCAAGAUUAUUUAAAUUGAGAUAGGUUAUAAUUUAACGUGUCCCGCAUCUACGAAAAAGAAGUCUUACUGACCAGCUGAGCUGUUGUCCUAUUUUGCAUUUUGGGCUUUCGACGCAUUAGAAGAAGUAUCCUCACCAUGAAACUACUGGAGAGCACCCGCUUCGAGGCGGUCAACAAUGCGCUGCAUAUCCAGACAGGAGACAGCACGAUCUAUGGCCGUAUCGAGUCGUACUCGUGCAAGAUGGCCGGCAAUGAUAAGGCCCUGUACAAGCGAUUCACGUCGGAGCAAGCACCGACCGAUCUGCAGGCACUGUCGCCGCCGCAAACCCUGCAGGACAUGUCACCGCAGGUUCUCCGCAGCAGCCUGUCCGGGGAUGAGGGCGUUACAUUGUGCGAUACUAUCUCACGCAAGACGCUCUUCUAUCUGAUCGCGACGUUGAACUCGGCCUUCGAGCCGGAUUAUGACUUUAGCGAUGCAAAGAGUCACGAAUUCAGCAAGGAACCGUCGCUGCAGUGGGUGCUGAAUUCGAUCGAGGGCAACCUUGCACCGGUAGCCGGCGAGCAGUACAGCAAGAUACGCCAUGCCCUCUGGACGACGAUCGAGGAUGAGAUCUCGCUGAACGAUUGCGACAUCUACAGCUACAAUCCCGAUCUGAACUCGGACCCAUUCGGUGAACCCGGCUGUCUCUGGUCGUUCAAUUACU